AUGUCGACUGAAACUACGGCUAAUCCAGCGGCGACAACAACGACGGCUAAUCCAGCGGCGACAACAACGACGGCUUUGUCUAAUCUAUGCAAGACGUCCAAAUUACUGCUGGAUGUUUAUAACUCGAAGUGCGAUUCAUUCAGCUAUGAUGACCAACUUAUUUACAACGAACAAAUUGCACUUUUUGGACCAGGGACGGACGACAACUGUGAUCUCCCGGAGCAAGUUUGCGAGCAGGUAACUACCACAAAAUCAACAACAACCACAACAGCUGAGCCAACAACCACAACGACCACAACAACUACAACUAUCCCGGAAGAAUGCAUCGAAGUGCUCGAUUUCUUUGCCGCUUAUGAAGACAAGCUCGGCCAUUCAAAACAAGAAUGCGAGGCAAAUCGACUCAUUCUUCAAUCCCAUUACUCUAACUGCAACUUUGAUGGCAAAUGCGACCAUCUUGAAAACCCCCAAUUCAGCGGAACUCAAAACGCUUUUCCUAACUUCUUUUUGACCCUUGCCUUUUUCACGAGCUUCUUUUUUAAAUUUUGA